AUGAGAAAAAGAUCAGAAACUAUUUUGAAAAAUCUAGGAAAAAGAAUAUUCAAACUUCUUGCAAAAACCUCAUUUUUUAAGUGUACAAAACUCAAAAAUUCGUUCUUUCCAGGUGCCGGCGAGAGUGGCAAAAGCACCCUGGUCAAACAAAUGAAAAUAAUCCACGCCGACGGUUUCACUCGUACCGAACUCAACAGUUUCCGACCGACCGUCUUGGACAAUCUCCUCUCGUCCAUGAAAUACGUUUUGGCCGGAAUGGGAUUGCUCCGGAUCAAUUUGGAACAUUUAAGGAACAAAGUCCAUGCCAGAAACGUUCUGGCAGCCGAAAGCUGCUUCGAUAUGAGUUUUAUGGUUCUACCGGAUGUUUCUGCUUCGCUUCAAGCCCUUUGGUCGGAUCGUGGAGUCAGAUUGGCUGUUGCCAGAGGUUAUGAGUACGAACUUAAUGAUUCUGCUUUAUAUUUAUUUGAAAACAUGGAACGACUGUGCGAUCCAAAAUAUGUGCCAAAUCCCACAGACGUUCUUCGAGCCAGAGUGCGCACUCAGGGCAUCAUUGAAACUCAAUUUCGUAUCCAAGACAUGAUCAUCAACAUGUACGAUGUUGGAGGGCAAAGAUCUCAAAGAAGAAAGUGGAUUUAUUGUUUUGAUGACGUCAAGGCUGUCUUGUUUGUGAUUUCUUUGAGCGGAUAUGACAUGACACUUAUUGAAGAUCCUAAUGUCAAUAGGAUGGAAGAAAGCUUGAAUUUGUUUGGACAAAUCGUUAACAAUCCGUUUUUCCGGGACGCUUCUUUUGUGUUGUUUCUAAACAAAUUUGAUCUCUUCAGGGAAAAGAUACUUUAUUCCAAUCGACAUUUGAGAAUGUAUUUUCCUGAUUAUAAAGGUAAGAAACAGAAAUUUUCGGCCACGGAACUGCAUUAA